GUGAGGAAGAUGUUCUCCCCUAUGAGUGAAGCGAUAACCUUGAUCGAUGUCCUAGAGCUGAAGCAUAAUUUGAUUUGUUGUGACGAUGGCGCUUUUUCGAACCUCGCGGUGCUUGUGUUAAAGAAUGGUCUCCCAGGGAAUGCUGCAAGUGGAGAACAUCCGAUCCAGAAGCUGCUUGUUGCUUCAGCGCUGCGGCUCGAAAAGCGUAAUGGUACCGGUGGCUGGCUUUUCUUGCGAGUGUGUCUGGAAUUGUUGCUCCUCGUGCGUUGUGACCGGGGAAGGGAUUUCGGGUCUUUACAGCGCGUUUCUCGCGAUUGUGGAACACCAGUAAGUGACGAAGCAGCACAAGGUCACGGUUGGCCUGACUGCAUUCACGCGGAGGCCAAGUCUUCGAAGUGGGAAAGGGAAGCACACCGACAGAUUCUGUCAGAGCGCGUCCUGUCCUCUACUGCCUCGACGCUUGCUUCGACGCCUGACGCAGGGGCUGCAGUGGAAUUUUCUGGCAGUCCCGAGCGUGUCCAGAUAGCAAGUUGUGGCCGCGGCAACCUAGCAGCUGCGGAGCCGCCUGUUUCAUCAGAUACCACUGGCGCUGGUCUUCUUACUCACACGCAAAAAUGGUUUACCCCGGAGCGCAGUGCUACUUCCAAUGGUAGUGUUGUCGAUGUUGCGAAAAAAAAAUGGAAACAGGGAGCAGUCCGAGGAUAUGGGACUUCGCAACCACGUGGGUAUCGCCGCCUGCAAAUUUUCUGCAUGCUUCUCGAGGAAGCUCAGAGCCGCUGCCGUGACUUAUUGCUUGGCCCUACUGCGCUGGCGUGUGUGCAAGAGGUGUCCAUGCUGGAUGACUUUGCGGAACUGCGCGACGCUGUUCGAGGCCAACUCGAGGAGAUGAGGAUGGGGAUGUUUUUCUCAGAGAUUCUCGGACCAAAACCUGAUGCGUCCUCCGAAAUCGCGAGGGCUGUUGUGGAAGCCUGGAAAGCUGUGCUGGGCGACUGCGAUGAUGCAGGUAGUUUACCUGUCGCCAUGGCAGAACGUGUCUCCGUUCGCUUGAUUUCGCAACAAGUGCUCGAUCACAUCGCGGACGAGGACGAUCGUUAUACUCCAAAGUUGGCAUGCUCGUUCCCAAUGGCGACCGAUAAGAGCAUAGCCCUUCUGCGCGGAGGGAUUCUGGUUGAGCAUUUCAACUCGUCCGUCUCUGACCACGAAACCAAACUGGGUCUCGUUUUGCUAUUCGAUUCGCUCGAUUCUGUGGGGGGCAGCAGAGACGCACUGUGGAAGUUACGGGCGCGGGACCUUGUCGCCAGCCUUGCGGAUUUGCUAGAGGUAUCCAAGGGCGAGGACCGACGUUGUGCAGGGCGCUCCCGAAAUCUCGGGGAAACAGCAUCAUGCAGCAUCGUUUUGCUCUGUGUUCAGAAAACCAUAGACCUUGGGCUAAAGCGUGAGCUGGACACGUUGUCUCAAAGCCCCUUGUGUCGGAGAAAGCUCGUGAUCUUGGAUUGCCUCGGCGAGCGACGAGCAGACGCGAUUGCGCGAGUUGCACGAUGCCGCAAGCAAACGUUGGCCGGGUCAUUGUCGGGCCAAGGAGGGAAGGAUCACGAGGAAACUAUGGCAACACAAAGUAGAGAAGGAGUCGCACCAUUAGGGGGGUGUGCUGCUUCAGUAAUUUUAAGCGAAGUUUCUGGCGAUGGAUUGACAUUUCUGACCCCGAAAGUGAUGCACAGCUCAAAGACCGGAAGAGUUUGGCAGCUGACUGACUUUUGUGGGUACGCGGGUAGUCGAUUCUUCGAAGCGGACGAAAAGGCGUGGUUAUGGCUUACGCCACCUUUGCAUGCUUCAACAACAGAAGGGGCCGAGAAGGAAGCACUGGGUCAGACUUUCGCUCCAUUGUAUACCUUAUUCUUGUGCCCGCGCAAUGUUCUGGGGUCCUCGAAGCAUGCCGAGAUCGGUGUUGGGCAACUGCUCAGUUUGUUAGCCCGCGAGACUGUCCACGACCUACAGCAUAUCAUUUCGAUUGGGGACUUUCUGGAAAGAAUUGUGAUGCUUUGUCAGGAUUCUUCACAAGAAGAUGAAAUGGACGGAGAGAAUCGGGUUCAAUGCGCUAGCAUUAGAGAAGCUAAACAAACAUUAGCCGAAACUUUGGAGUUUUGCAUCAAGUACGAAUCAGCGAGGUUCUUUCACGCUACGACGGCUGCGCUGAUGGAAGCCUUUGACAUGGUGCUAAAUUUGUGCAAAAUUUCCUCUAUCCAACGGCUGGGGGGUUAGCCACAGAACGGCAUAUCAUUCUGGAGGGGACAUGACAUAAUGUAACGAACAAGUAAACAAGUAUGCAAUUCAAGGUUGCAAGUAGAAUGCUUACGGAAGAUGGGAGUCCUCGCCGAAGUUUCAUUUCGAUGCACCCUUGAGAUGGUGAUAGUUGUUGAUAUAACGAUGCCUCUUUCCCUUAUCGCAUCGAGGUCUCAGCCAUGCUCUCUAUCGCAGCAAGGAAAAGCGCGUCGCGAGUCCGAGAGUUGGCCUUAUUCGGACAACGCAUCAAAAUAUGAAUGCGAGCGUAUGGACAUGCAAGCCGCCAAUUAUGACCGUAACCGACGGAUAUACUUAUAUAUUCUGAAAAAGGUCCCUUUCUUGUCAUGCUCUGGUGCAGAAGAUGCACGCCUCUCCCGAGAACCACAGCAGGAGAUGCUGACUUGCGUUAUGUG